AUGAAUCGAGUGGAUACAACCACAACCACAGUAACAACACCCACGCCUACAACUGUUUGUCCACCUGGAACUCCAAUCCAGCGAAGUGUGGCUAUUGUUUGGGAUGUUUCUUUCAAUGGGAAUAACAAUCGAACUGAAGAGGCUAUUUUCACCUUUAUCAACUCAUUCCUUUUACGGUCAAACCCUGAAUGGACAAAUGUCGUUUUCUCUGUCAUUCCAUUCCCCGAUCCUCUUGCCUAUGCAACAACAAAUAUCGAUUAUGCGUUCAAAUCAACUCUCCGAAACGUGUUAACGUUAAUGGGAGCGGAAAGAAGUCGACCACCACCGCCAAAUAACAUCUCUGAUAUUAAUAGUGGUUUAACGCUACUCGAGUCUCGGCCAAGCGUUCCGUUACCGACGGUGCUUCUUUUUGCAAGCAGUGAUGACUUGGUCAAUGAUGCCGAGUCAAGUGCAAACAGUCUGAAGAAUGAUUUUGGAUAUGAGAUUUUUGCCGCUAAAACAAUUACAAAGGCUAUGAUUUCGUGUAUUGAUGUGACGGCUACGACAAGUGCCACAACAAUGAUGGCUGAGACCAUCACAACAACACCUCAACCGACUAUUAGCUAUUCUUCAUCGGAAGGCUCAACAGCUAAGAAUACAGGAACAGUAACACCAUCAACAAGUGCAGAAACGACAACAAUUACCGUAACCACUUCACCGACCACCACAACUCCAAUCCAACGAAUCGGAGUCGGCUCUCAACUCGAUUUUGGAUCAAUUCCCUCAAGUCCCUCAAAUGUUUUCACAAUGGAUUCCCAUUUGGAUCCAAAUACUUAUCCAUCCUUGGUCGACCAGAUAACUGAUGCGAUGAAUCGAGUGGAUACAACCACAACCACAGUGACAACACCCACGCCUACAACUGCUUGUCCACCUGGAACUCCAAUCCAGCGAAGCGUGGCUAUUGUUUGGGAUGUUUCUUUCAAUGGAAAUAACAAUCGAACUGAAGAGGCCAUUUUCACCUUUAUCAACUCCUUCCUUUUACGGUCAAACCCUGAAUGGACAAAUGUCGUUUUCUCUGUCAUUCCAUUCCCCGAUCCUCUCGCAUACACCCCAACAAAUAUCGACUAUUUAUUCAAAUCAACUCUCCGAAACGUGUUAACGUUAAUGGGAACGGAAAGGAGUCGACCACCACCGCCAAAUAACAUCUCUGACAUUAAUAGUGGUCUCACUCUACUCGAAUAUCAGCCGAGCGUCGUGUUGCCGACUGUACUCCUUUUUGCGAGCAGUGACGACUUGGUCAAUGAUGCCGAGUCAAGUGCAAACAGUCUGAAGAAUGAUUUUGGAUAUGAGAUUUUUGCCGUGGGUGUCGGUGCUGAACUCAAUUUUGGAUCAAUUCCAUCAAAUCCUUCAAAUGUUUUCACAAUGGAUUCCCAUUUGGAUCCAAGCACUUAUCCCGAUUUAGCUAAAACAAUUACAAAGGCUAUGAUUUCGUGUAUCGAUGUGACAGCUACGACAAGUGUCACAACAAUGAUGACUGAGGGAAUCACAACAACACCUCAACCGACAGGCUAUUCUUCAUCGGAAGGCUCAACAGCUGAGAAUACAGCUACCGUAACCUCGUCAGCAAGCGAAGGAACGACAACAACGAUAACUGAUGCGAUGAAUCGAGUGGAUACAACCACAACAACAGUGACAACACCCACGCCUACAACUGCUUGUCCACCGGGAACUCCAAUCCAGCGAAGUGUGGCUAUUGUUUGGGAUGUUUCUUUCAAUGGAAAUAACAAUCGAACCGAAGAGGCCAUUUUCACCUUUAUCAACUCAUUCCUUUUACGGUCAAACCCUGAAUGGACAAAUGUCGUUUUCUCUGUCAUUCCAUUCCCCGAUCCUCUUGCCUAUACACCAGCAAAUAUUGACUAUUUAUUCAAAUCAACUCUCCGAAAAGUGUUAACGUUAAUGGGAGCGGAAAGAAGUCGACCACCACCGCCAAAUAACAUCUCUGAUAUUAAUAGUGGUCUCACUCUACUCGAAUAUCAGCCGAGCGUCGUGUUGCCGACUGUACUCCUUUUUGCGAGCAGCGAUGACUUGGUUGUUGAUGCCGAGGAAAGAGCAAAAAUUCUGAAAAACGAUUUCGGAUAUGAGAUUUUUGCUGUUGGUGUCGGUGCUGAACUCAAUUUUGGAUCAAUUCCAUCAAAUCCUUCAAAUGUUUUCACAAUGGAUUCCCAUUUGGAUCCAAGCACUUAUCCCGAUUUAGCUAAAAGAAUUACAAAGGCUAUGAUUUCGUGUAUCGAUGUGACAGCUACGACAAGUGUCACAACAACGAUAGCUGAGACAAUCACAACAACACCUCAACCGACUACAAGAUGCCCACCCGGUUCGCCGAUAAAACGAAAUGUGGCCAUCGUUUGGGAUACUUCAAUUCAAUAUGGAAGUGAUCAAUAUAAUCAAGCAGCUUUCCUCUUUGUCGCCUCUUCACUCGUGAAUCGAGCCGAGUGGUCGACUGUUUCUUUCUCGGUGAUUCCAUUCCCCGAUCCAACUAAGUACACCCCUUCAUAUAUUGAUUUCAAAUAUCAAUCUUCUUGGUCAGAUGUGAGACGAAAGAUGACGCUCGAGAGGAAUUCGGCGCCAUCCCCAAAUAACAAAUCGGACAUAUUGAGCGCUCUUACCCUUUUGGAUUAUCCACCAAGCGCUCCAUCAUCGAUUUUGUUGCUUGCGACCACUGACACCUUUAUCCCGGAUGCUGAAGGAAUGGCAGCUAAAUUGAAGGAUACUUACGGUUAUGAGAUAUUCUGCGUUGGAAUCGGUUUUCCAUUGAAUUUUGGCUCAAUCCCAUCAAACCCUUCAAAUGUCUACUCGAUCGAUGAAAGUCUUCACCCAGAAACCUAUCCUCCGCUAUCACAAAAGAUCACUGAAGAUAUGACCGAUUGCUCGAUUAUAUCAACAAUUCCAUCAACGACCACUAGUACGACAAAUGAAGAAACAACUGCUACGUAUUCUCAAUCUGAAGUUUCAACAACUGAGACAACAACAAGAGCAAUGCUCACAACGACAACGCAAUGCAGAGGAUUCUAUGUGGUUGAUGCGGAUUUGAUCGUACUCUAUGAACAAGCGGAUCCUGUAGAUCAAUCAAAUGAAAUUCUCAAUCUUUUGGCAACAACUGGUGGCUUGGGAUUGUUCAAUUUUGAUGGAAGUCCAUACAGAUUCGGUCAACAGACGAGGAUCCGUGGGCUCUCCUAUCCAUCACUAAAUCCCACCGGAAGCUCGCUUCGACAAAACCCAACUUUCAUCGAGUUCUCGUCGGAGCUUUUGAGCAAUAACGCUUCGAAUUGGAUGCCCAAUCCAGGAUAUCCUGAUCUGAGCGAAGCAAUCACCGCCUCAUUCGACUUCUUCGAUCUAACCCGGCAGAAUCGAGUCCUGCUCAUUGUCGGGAAAAACGAUUCUACUGUUAAUUCGGCUAUCGAUUCGGCAAAUUCCCUAAAAAAUUCCGGUGUCUUUGUGGUCACCAUUUCAGUCGAUGAAGCCAUUGGAUUAGCCGCUUUGUCCUCUAUUGGAGCCGCUUUCGAUAUCCCUGACAUUUUGACACCGGCAAUUGUUGCUCAAAAUAUUGGAAACCUUUUGGUGGCCAAAUUCCCGACGUGUGUCCAACCGACGACAACUACAGCUCCAACAACAAGUGCAUUAGUGCCAACCACAACCACCACUCAGCCCAUCAUAUCCACCACAAAAUGCCCACCAAACACCCCGGUGAGCAGAAAUGUGGCCAUCGUUUGGGAGCUCUCGGCAAGCAAUGGAGACUAUGGAUAUUCUCAGCAUAUAGUCGACUUUGUCACACAAUAUCUUCUAGCACGAGCUGAGUGGACUGGAGUGAAAAUGUCGGUUCUGCCGUUCACUUUUAGUGAAGAUUUCAUUUUCGUUGAUGACGCUUACAGUCUAAUCCCUUCAAGUGUCUCAAUUUAUAUGAGCCAAGAACUCGAGAAAAGUGAAGUCAUUCAAAAUACGUCUGAUAUUUCGAGUGCUUUGGAUCGUUUAAAUAAACCACAACAAUACACAAAUCUUGCAGCGAUUGUCUUUGCGAUCAGUGACAUUGGUGUGAGUGCUUCGCAAAAUAUAGCAAACACUUUAAAGUCGACAUAUCGAUAUUCGAUUAUAACUGUCGGCGUCGGGAAUGCGAUCGAUUUCGGCUCGAUCCCCACCAAUCCCGCAUUCAAUUUGACGAUGAGUGACGAUUUCUCAAGAGAGACUUUCCAAAAGCUAUCCAAUCAGAUCACUUUCCUAUUGACAGAUUGC